AUGCAGGCGACAAACGCGACCGCGCCGCCGCUCCCUUUCCGCGAACUUGCGCCGCCGUCCCGAAGCCACAAACACGUGCCCAGCGUCGCGCGCCCCACGCCGCAGGCCACGCGCAGACCAUCGACAAAGGCGCUGAUUCUGCAGCAGAAACAGCACCAGGAAGAGCAGCAAGUGACGCUGUCGCGAGCCGAGACGGCCGACGACGCGCUCUUGAGGCAGUCGGUGACGGAAAGCGUUCCGCCGCUGACACGGGAAGAAGAGACAGCAGCGCUUCGGGAGCGGUCGAACUCGCUGGCCGUGCUGGAGUCCAUGCGCUCGCACUUGCCGGGCAACGGGCACGUGAUGAGCGUCAAAGCCACUGGCAAGUUGAAGAAAGAGAUGCGAAAGGCAGCGCGCGUGGUGGAGACGAUUUUGUCGCCAAAGCUGCUGAAGGACCAGUCGAUUCCGCACGAGCUCCUGGCGGAAGCGUACGGGUUGGUGUUUAUCACCAUGUACAAGCUGGGCUUCCUCUUGUCGGGCAAGGUCGGGACAGGCUUUGUCAUCUCGCGCACGACAGGAGGAUGGUCGGCGCCAAGUUUUGUAUCGUCGGGAGGUCUGGGGUUUGGCAUGAUGGCCGGCGGGGAAGUUGUCAACUACAUGAUCAUUUUGAACUCGAGGAAUGCAGUCAAAGUGUUUACUCGAAAUGGACAAGUCCAGCUGGGAUCGGAGCUCGAUAUUGCAGUUGGACCCAUUGGCCGAGCUGCGAGUGCUGCAUUAAACGUGGGGCCAGGUGGAGUUGCGCCGAAUUACUCGUACAGCCACAGCAAAGGACUUUAUGGCGGUAUCGGUCUCUGUGGCGGUGUCAUUUGCACGCGCAAGUCACUGAACGCGAAGUGCUAUGGCCCGAACAUCACUGCGCGGCAGCUCUUGUGCGGCGAGGUCGCGUGCCCGCUAGCUGAGCCGCUCUGGAGAGUGCUGGACAAGGCGCUGAGCAUGCAGCGCGAGUACGUGAACGGCUUUCCUGUGCUUGCACCCACGUACACGGGGAUGGCUUGCGACGCGUGUGGUCAUGUGCAUUCGUUCGGGCGUAACCCCAAUGCCUGCGCCAACUGCGGCAACUUGCUGGUCUACAGCGUCAGUGUGCACUCUGGACGGCGGAACACGAGCCAGCUGAUUGCAUCGGCUUCGAUGCAUUCAGUUGCUUGA